AAGAGAUGGUUGGAGGUGAUGAUGCUGGAGUUCAGGUGCAUGAUACUAAGGAUGUCGCCAACACUGACAUAAAUAUGGUAGACACAGGAAUGUCUAAAAGCACGCCUGUACAUGGUGUGGUUGGACAGGGGGACACACCUACAAGCCGUAAACAUCGGAGGAAGGCAACUGGUGAAACAUCCAAUGGCAUUGCACGCAACAUAAGUAAAAUGAUUGAAAUACUUGGUGACUAUGUGUCGAGUUUUGGAAAACAACUCUCAGAUAUUGCUUAG